AAUAGAUAUGAUUUGUAAAACUUAUAAUUAACUAUUUUUUUUAUCGAUUGUGUUUUAAAAUGUAAUCUCUUUCCAAACCCAAACAGUUAAGGAACUCGAGUGACCCGACGUCUAAUGUGACGACCGGUCAGUUCAUAGCCAUAAUAGCGUCGCGAGUGUUUUACAUGAGUCUGGGAAUGGGUUUGUCGAUCAACGGCCGGCACUCGUUCUGCGGCGACUAUAUAUACUCCGGACACACAGUGAUCCUGACGUUAGCCUAUUUGAUGUUUCGCGAGUACGCCAUACCAUCGCGUUGUCGCACAUAUUUGUGGAAAUUUGUUAACCUAUUGCUGAUCGCACUGACCCUAACGGGAGUCAUAUGCAUACUGAUAGCCCGCGGCCACUAUCUUAUCGAUAUAGUGAUCGCAUACUUCGCCACAACACGAAUCUUCUGGAUUUAUCACACGCUCGCCAACAACAGCUCUCUCAGGUUCCAGCCGUCAACCAACUACCUGUCCCGUGUUUGGUGGUACCAAAUAUUCGUGUUCUUCGAAACGGGUCACCCGACGACCGACCGGUUGAUGGCCGGCGACCGUACGGACAAUCAGUUCGGCCAAAUGAUCCCCCGAUCGUUCUCGUGGCCGCUUCCGUGGCCGCGAGUAUUUCGCCGCAAACGUCGAUCCGCUCAACGCUUACUUCAGACACAACAGGCGUGAUUCAGACCACACAAUCAUUGAGCGCCACAUUUGGCACAAAUUAAUUAAUUAAAUUUUAUCUCAUAUAUUAUAUUAGGUAAUAGUGUUUGUAUCAAACGAUUCAUAAGCAAAACAAAAUAUUUAAAUCAAAUGACAUUUAAAUUAUACGAGUGUUAAGCGCGACGACACCGAAGUGUAAAAAAGUGAAGCGAAAAGUUUUAUUUAACGCUUGAAAUAAAUUAUAAACUGAGAAAAUUAUUGUUAUCGUUGCGUUAAAAAUCAAUAAGUUUUGUGAUUAAAUGCUGUGAAGAAUCGGUUGUCCACCGAUUUUUACCCC